AUGGCCACUACCAGCCAUCAUAAACACACGCGGAUAUCGUGGUUCAGGAUGCUAACGCUUCAAGAUAUUAUCACACCACAAAUGUUGGAAUUUGAUUACCCAGGGAGCGGAACCCAAGACGAUCCGUAUCUUGUCAGGUUCCUCGACAACGACCCGCGAGACCCCAUGGAUUUUGCACUCUGGCUGCGCUGGGCUUUGUGUAUCGCGGCAGGAUACGUUACCUUCUCUGUGGCAUUCAUUUCUAGUGCCUUCAGCGGCGGUAUUCGGAACAUUUCGCAGGAUCUGGACGCUACCCCCGAAUCAGCCACUCUAGGUGUCAGUCUUUUCCUACUGGGAUUUGUUCUCGGCCCGUUGCUCUGGGCACCCUGUUCAGAGCGCUUUGGACGGCAGGUCAUCCUCCUUUCCACAAUGGCGGUACACGUUGCCCUGAAUAUCGCCGUAUGCUUCAGCCCAGACCUCGCCAUGCUCUUAGUCCUGCGCUUACUAUCCGGCGCUUUUGGAGCCGCCACAUUGACAAAUUCCGGUGCUGUCAUUGCCGACAUUUUCCCCCCCAGACAACGUGGACUCGCCAUUACCGUCUAUGCGCUGGUGCCGCUAUUCGCCCCAGUCCUAGGCCCGAUGGUUGGAACUUAUGUGUCGGGCAUCUUUGGCUGGCGCUGGUCCAUGGCGCUCAUGGCUCUCAUGUCCAUGACGGCGCUCGCGAUGGCUGCACUCCUGAUUCCUGAAACAUACGCCCCUUUGCUGCUCGACAAACGGGCCGCCCGGCUCACCAAGAUCACUGGGCGACGUUACGUCUCCACAAUAACUGCUGCUGGUGGCAACAAGGAUGCGCCGCGCCCCUCUUUUGCUACUACGCUAUCGAGGCCUUUCUUCUUGGCUGCCAAUGAGCCGAUUAUUAGCCUUCUCGCUCUAUACCAAGCUAUUGUGUUUGGCACUCUGUACUUUAUGUUCACGGCCCUUCCCAUGGUAUACACCGACAUUUUGGGCUGGCCCAGAGAGCAGAGCGGCCUAGCAUUCCUUGGGGUUGUGAUUGGCAUGGCGCUCUCGGUGGUAUUUGCUAUUUGGGACAACACCCGAUAUAGCAGGACACUAGAGAGGCUAAAGGGAGAAGCGGUCCCACCCGAGAUACGCCUACCAUCCUGCUGCCUAGGAGGAGUAUGUAUCGUCGGAGGUCUGCUGUGGUGUGCCUGGACUGCCGAGCCUGGGCUCCCGUGGCUCGUUAAUAUGGCCUCGGGUGUGCCCUUUGGCUUCGGCAUCGUUCUAAUUACGAUUGGUUCGACGAACUAUCUGGUAGAUGUCUAUACUAUCCAGGCAGCUUCGGCACUCACGGUUUGCAUAUGCAGUCGGGCUAUCUGGGGCGCUAUAUUUCCUCUUUUUGCACCCGGCAUGUUUAAUUCCAUUGGGGUGUGGUGGAGCCUGUCGAUUCCUGCUAUUUUGAGCCUUAUGUGCCUGCCUUUACCUUUCCUUUUUUAUAAGUUUGGACCAUUAAUCCGGGCGCGGUGCAGAUACGCUUGUGAGUCUUAUAUCGCCGACCAACGAGCUAGGAAACGUGUCAAUGAGGAAACACCAUUGCUAGUAUGA